AUCAUGUUCUCAUACACUUGCUACGCAAUUCCCCUUCCUCCUCUUCCAACCUUUCCCCUUUAAAGCUUCCAACUUUUUUAUCAUCCAUGGCUCUUCAACCUCCCAGGUUUUAGAAGCUCUCAGCUAAGCACAAAAGACUUCUUGGGCCUCAAAUAUUUCAUAUGGGUAUCAUCAAGCCUCCUGUGUUUAUGCUGCUCAUCAUCAUGGUUCUUUCAACAACAAUUGUCGAAGGAAGGACACUUUCCUUAAUAUCUGCUCCAGGGUACUCGAAGAUUUUUGCAACCCUAGGAGUUGUAUGCAAGUGCUGUGAUGGAGUGGGAGGUGCCUGCACUAGUACAUGGACACAAUCUUGCAAUAAUCUACAGUGUUAUCCUUGGAAAUCACACUAGCUAGUUGUUUUGUACUGAUAUAUAAAAUUUAUAUAUACUCUGAAGUCUGUGUUUUGUUCUGUAUAAUGUGAACAGUUUGACUUUUUGAACAGAACUUUUGAGAAACAUUCACAAUUUGUGGAAGAAAAUCAAUAGCUGUCAUCAAUGAAUGUAUGAACAUCACAGUUUUUUGUGCUCUGGUUUUGUGUUCAAAAGAAACAGGUAAAGGGUAGUUAUCA